GAGGGGGCGGGGCCGGGCCGGCUGGGCGUGCUGCUGGCCGAGGCGGCGGCUGAGGAAGAUGAAGAUCCAGUUUUGGACGUGAGACUCACUGGGUGAUCAUUUCAUUGAGAUCAGCUUGAAUGACCAGGUGAAAAGUACACGAAGAAUGUCCUAUGACUGAGGGAACUCAAAUUUUUUUAUUGCCAAUCUACUUCUUUUGAUUCUACAAAGGAAACUAUAUCUUCAGCAGCCCCGGAGUCCAGUAAAUCAUCAAACAGACUCAUGACUGAAAAACAGCAGGAAGAAGCAGAAUGGGAAAGCAUAAAUGUGCUUUUGAUGAUGCAUGGCUUAAAACCUUUAUCUCUAGUCAAAAGGACAGAUCUUACAGAUCUCAUCGUUUUUGACAAACAGUCAUCACAAAGGAUGAGACAGAAUUUGAAAACCUUGAUGGAAGAAACAACACGUCAACAGAACGUGAUCCAGGAGCUCAUAGAAACUAAUCAGCAGCUUAAAAGUGAACUUCAGCUAGAACAGAGCCGAGCAGCAGAUCAGGAACAACGAGCUAAUGACUUGGAACAAAUUAUGGAGAGUGUGAAAUGCAAAAUUGGUGAAUUGGAAGAUGAAUCCCUAAAUAGAGUUUGCCAGGAACAGAAUAAAAUAAAAGAUCUUCAAAUGGAGCAUAAAGCUUUACAGGCAAAAUGUCAGCAUUAUAAGAAGAUACGAAUGGAGCAACAAGAGACUAUUGCUUCUUUGCAAAAGGAUAUCUAUAGAUUAAGGAAGGAGGAAGAAGAGCGCAUUGUCACUCAAAACAGAGUGUUUGCUUAUCUCUGCAAAAGAGUUCCUCAUACCGUCUUGGAUAGACAGUUGCUUUGCCUAAUUGAUUACUAUGAAUCUAAAAUUAGAAAAUUUCAUGAACAAAGGCAAUAUAAAGAAGAUGAAAGUCAGUCAGAAGAAGAAAAAGACUACAGAAGUCUGGAUGCCCCACCAACUUGUAAAGGCCUUCUAAUGUCAUUACAGAAUCAACUCAAGGAAUCGAAAUCCAAGAUUGAUACACUUUUAAGUGAAAAGCUGAAUCUCCAAAAGGAUUUGGAAACCAGGCCCACUCAGCAUGAAUUAAGACUUUAUAAACAACAGGUGAAGAAACUGGAGAAAGCCCUUAAGAAAAACAUCAAAUUACAGAAUCUUAUUGGUCAAAGAAAGGCUGAGGACACAGAGAAAAAAGAUGCACCCAGCAAAGAUAGCCAGCAGCAGGCCCUAAUUGACCAGAGAUACUUUCAGGUGUUGAGUAGCAUCAAUUCAAUUGUUCAGAAUCCAAGAGCUCCAGUAAUAAUUUAUAAACAGAGCAAAGGAGGAGCCCAGCAUUUUAAUAAAGAGCUUGUUCAAGAUUGUGGAUUUGAGCAUCUUGUUCCUAUAAUAGAAAUGUGGGCAGAUCAACUGAUUUCCCUCAAGGAUUUAUAUAAGUCCUUGAAAAUCCUAUCUACAGAACUAGUGCCUUGGCAUAAUUUAAAGAAGCAGGAUGAAAAUGAAGGUAUCAGAGUUGAAGAUCUGUUGUUUAUAGUAGAUACCAUGUUGGAAGAAGUUGAAAAUAAGGAAAAGGACAGCAAUAUGCCAAACUUUCAAACUUUGCAAGCUAUUGUUUCUCACUUCCAAAAAUUAUUUGAUGUGCCUUCUUUAAAUGGAGUCUAUCCCCGAAUGCAUGAAGUUUAUACUAGGCUUGGAGAAAUGAACAAUGCUGUGAGAAACCUCCAAGAACUCUUAGAAUUAGAUAGUUCAUCCUCAUUGUGUGUGCUAGUGAGCACAGUAGGAAAACUGUGUAGGCUGCUUAAUGAGGAUGUGAAUGAACAGAUUAUGCAGGUAUUGGGACCUGAAGACCUCCAGAGCAUUAUCAACAAAUUGGAAGAACAUGAGGAAUUUUUCCCAGCAUUUCAGGCAUUUACUAAUGAUCUACUUGAAAUCUUAGAAAUUGAUGACUUGGAUGCCAUUGUACCUGCAGUAAAGAAAUUAAAAGUACUUUCUUACUGAAAACAAAUCAAAUCAUUUUUACUGUGUAAAUUGCAUUCUUAACAUUCUAAGUAUUUUGUAGGAUUGAUCUUACUUUGAGACAAGGGUUAUAAAAAUGUAUUUACUCUCAGAAUUCAUCCCUUUCUUAGAAUUGGGUCCUUCUCCAUUCAUAUAAUUUUUAUUAACUUUGAGAUUCCUAUAUAGAAAACAGUUGCUAAGUUAAAGUAUAAAGUUAACUUUAGAUCCUUUAAUCAUUUCUUAAGCAAUUCUUGAGUGCCUAAAAUUUAAGAUUGUUUUAAAGUAUAGCGUGUGAGUAAAAGAGAAUCUCAGGGAGAGAGAUUGCAAGUAACAGAAAGGUUAUAUUUAAGUUCAGGGUUUAGUGACCUUUUUGGUUCUGGGAACAAGGAAUGCCAAUGGCUCUCUUAAGUCCAGCCAGUAGGAAGCUAUUGCUUUCUUGGCAAGGAAAUGGCACCUUCUAUUAUAUCCCUCCUGGCACUUGCCCUUUCAAAGCAGGAGGAAGAAAAGGAAGAAGAUAAAAGUGUUUUAUCAUUGUUUUAGGGUAGGAAAUGAAUUAUGAGGUAAAGUAGAUGAGUAGAUAGAUAGUAGAUAGUCUCUCUUUUAUAAAAAAGUGUCUUUUUUGCAAUCUUGAUGUAAUGUACUUUUUAUAAGGGCAUGAGAUCUUAAAUAAAAUUUUUGUAAAGAAUUUCCAAAC